AUGAUUGGGCAAGUGGGAUCUCCGAUGGAGAGUCUCUCGAGUUAUCUAUCGGCCGCUGCAAAAGCAUCUUCUCCAGUUGUUCUCAUUAUUCCUUCCCUUAUUUUCGGUUUAUAUAUCUUGGCUACCGGCAUCCAUAAUGUUCAUCUCCACAAACUUGCGUCCUUCCCCGGGCCAUUUUUGGCAAGAUCCAGCUUGCUAUGGCGCAUCUAUCAUUCGCAAACUGGUCGCUAUCAUCUUGCUAUCGAGGAACAGCACCGGAAAUAUGGCCCUGUUGUUCGAGUAUCGCCCAACGAACUGUCUUUUGCGUCCGUUGAGUCAUGGAAAGCUAUCUACGGACACCGCGUUGGCAGUACACCCACUCCCAUCAAGAGCAAGUUCUACGAUAUAUAUGGGGCUGGCUUUAAAUCUUUGUGCAUUGGAAGCGAGCGUGAUCCGCAUGAGCACAGUCGGAUGCGCAAGAUGCUUUCCGCAGCAUUCUCCACAAGGAUUUUGAUGGAGCAAGAGGACAUUAUCACGAAAGGAGUUGACCAAUUCGUUGCUAGACUUGGCACGGACGGAGCGCAGGUGAACGGCCUCAACAUGACCAAGUGGUAUGAAAUGGUGUCUUUUGAUACUUUAGGCGAAAUGGCUUUCGGAGAGUCGUUUCACAGCGUGGAAGCUGGGAAGCCACACAGCUGGUCAGAGAUUAUAGUCAGCCAUCUCUACUUCAUCACCCUGAUUGAUAAUCUUCGCCGUUUGCCAUUCGUCGCGAGACUGGCUAAGUUACUAUUCCCAUCAACAUUGGCCGUGCAAAACCAGAAUUCUCAGUACAGUCGUAGAAAGAUUGAACAGCGCCUAGCGAAAAAGACCAGCCGAAAUGACUUCCUUUCCACUGUCGUCAAAGGGUAUGAGGAAGGGACCGUAGGCAAGGAGGAAAUGACAGCGCACGCCUCCACUUUGACUAUUGCGGGUGCAGAAACUACUGCGACUUUCUUGGCUGCGGCAACAUAUUACUUGCUGCGGAACCCUGCAUGCCUUGCUCAUGUUCAGGAAGAAAUACGGAGCAGGUUUUCAUCUUAUGAUGAGAUUAAUGCUACAGCGGCUAGACAACUCACCUACCUUCAGGCUGUCAUUAGCGAAGGACUCAGAAUGUAUGCACCUGGCAGCCAAGGCUUCCCUAGAGUGUCCACGGGCAUGAACGUAGGAGAUGUAUAUGUACCUGCCGGCGCUGAGGUGUUCACACACGCCUGGACAUUGACCCAUAGCGAGCAGAACUUCACUGAUCCGAACGAGUUCAGACCCGAACGCUGGAUAGAUCCUGAUUCUACCGAUAUAAAAGCAGCUAGUCAGCCUUUCUCUAUGGGAUCAAGAGGCUGCUUAGGUCAGAACUUUGCAUAUAUGGAGAUCAACUUGAUUUUAUCCAAGAUGUUAUGGAGAUAUGAUCUGGACCUCGUAAACAAGAAUUUGGACUGGGAGCGAGAGAGCCGUUUGCAUGUGAUGUGGUGGAAGCCUGCAUUGAUGGUUCGAUUCAAGGAGAGAAGGUCUAACUAA